CAAGCACUUUGAUGAUUCAUUUGCGGGAACAUUUGGCAUCGGUAAGGCCUGCUGUCACUGGAACAAUUGGCGUAUUCUUUGUUAUUUGCUUGGAAAUCCACGGAUUAAUGAAGCAGUUGCAAUAGAACGCCCCAACCAGGUGACAAGAGCGCGGUUUCUUGGAGUAAGCAGUCUUUGAUUGUACCGACAUAGGAACCGCAUCCCCAUCAGUUGAUGGCCGGUCCUUGUGUAUUGAUUCUCAUGCUAAAUGCACUGGCAGCAAGUCGGCUGUAGAGGAAAAUAUAUGCAGAACCAAUACAGAUGAGUCUCUGAUAGAAGGUAGCACGUUUGGAUUAUACGAUGUCGCAUUCACACAAAGAUGAACUUUAUGUGGGACCAUAUCGACUGGAAAAGACCCUCGGAAAAGGCCAAACAGGUCUGGUGAAGCUUAGCGUCCACUGCAUGACUGGCAAGAGGGUGGCCAUCAAGAUAGUCAACAGGGAGAAGCUCAGCGAGUCCGUCCUCAUGAAGGUUGAAAGGGAGAUCGCCAUUAUGAAGUUGAUAGAACACCCGCAUGUGCUUGGAUUAUACGAUGUUUAUGAGAACAAAAAAUACCUGUACCUCAUACUGGAGCAUGUUUCUGGUGGGGAAUUAUUUGACUACCUCGUCAAGAAGGGCAGAUUAACACCAAAAGAAGCUCGGCGAUUCUUCCGACAAAUAAUCUCCGCCCUUGACUUCUGCCAUAGUCACAACAUCUGUCACAGAGAUUUGAAACCAGAGAAUUUACUACUAGAUGAAAAAAAUAACAUUCGUGUUGCCGACUUUGGUAUGGCGUCAUUACAGGUGGAAGGGUCCAUGUUGGAAACAAGUUGCGGAUCUCCGCACUAUGCCUGUCCAGAGGUUAUACGGGGAGAAAAAUAUGAUGGUAGGAAAGCAGACGUGUGGAGCUGUGGAGUGAUAUUAUAUGCUCUACUAGUGGGUGCUCUGCCAUUCGAUGAUGACAACCUACGACAAUUAUUAGAAAAAGUAAAAAAAGGCGUGUUUCACAUUCCACACUUUGUACCUCCUGAUUGUCAAAACCUGCUGCGAGGCAUGAUAGAGGUCGACCCCGAGAAACGCUUACAUCUUGAAGAUGUCAUGCGACACCCGUGGGCAAUAGCCGGAACAAAACAAGAAGUCGAGGUAGAAUUACCCAUGACUCAAGUAGUUCAGACCUCUGUUAUCCCCACAGUGGAAGAUCUUGACCCCGAUGUGCUUUCAACAAUGAACUCUCUACAGUGUUUUAAAGAUAAAGACAAACUUGUAGAAGAACUCAUGAGUAUAAAACAUAACACGGAGAAGGUGGUAUAUUUCUUGCUGCUGGACCGAAAACUCAGGAAUCCUAGUGUAGAAGACGAUGUGGAGAUUAGAAGUAGGUCUGAAUCAGCCGAUCCCCCCAGGAAACGAGUGGAUGCGGUCCAAUUUAACGGACAAGCCAGACUUUCACUGGGCAAUAUAAGUGAAGGGUCCCCCGUAGCUUCCAGGAGAGCCCUCGCUGUGCAGCAAGUAAAGGCAAACCUGAGUGGUAGUCCUAACAACUCUCCACUUUCCAGCCCAAAGCUCCCCCCACGAGGAACCACGCCAACCCACAGCCCUUCGGCGACACCCCCCAGCUCCCCAGGUAUCCAGACCACCCCCUGGAAAUCAAGGUUACAUACGAUAAAGAACAGCUUCCUGGGAUCCCCACGGUUCCAUCGGCGGAAAAUGCAAGUUCCGACGUCUGACGAGAUAUCCAUGACUCCAGAUUCUUCCCCUGAAUUGGCCAAGCGGUCGUGGUUCGGUGGCUUGAUGGGCAUGGAGCAGGAGCACCACUUCAUGAUGGUCCGAGACAAGACUUUCAGCCAGGUCAAGGCAGACCUGGUCCACGCAUUCCUAUCAACUUCAGAUCUCAGCCACAGUGUGGUGUCAACGUCCACGUUCCGGGCAGAGUAUCGUCGUGGCGGCAGCUCCUCCAUGUUUUCCAGAAAUGUCCGCUUCCAGGUGGACAUCAGUCCGGCGCCCGGUGAGAGGGACAGUGCCAAUGCCACAAGCUUCUGUCUCACAUUCACUCUAGUCUCAGGUCCAUCCCGGCGUUUCCGACGUGUGUGUGAACACAUCCAAGCCCUCAUGUCGGCACCACGAGGGGAGAACAACCGGAAGAUCAGCACGGACAGUACAGCGUCCUACUCCUCCGACCAUACCCCACCCUCCUACUGUACAGCAGCCAAAGAGAACGGAGAAGAAGAUCCAUUAGACAAGAGACCUCCAUUACCUCCAUGUAGACAAUCCACAAAAGACCGCAAAGUUUUAUCAGAGAAUGUACAGAGAGACAAGGUUUGAGGAUGGACAUCUUUGUAUAUAUACACAAGGGAACAAUUGGUAAUAAAAGUGAUUGGCCUCCCCCUACCUUGCCACCCUCUCCAAGACUGGACCAAUCACAAACAUUGACAGUAUUCUCACCAUGGCUGACCGACCAAUGAAAUGACUUGUAAGAAAUAUGCAAAUUGGGCCAAACCAGAGCUGUGCCCAAAGUGAGAUUGUACUUACCCAACAACUGAUUUUGUAUGUUUAGAGUCGAGUAGGUGUACCUGUAGUGGUUAAUAGUGCAUCAGGUCCUGAGGUGAGCACCAAUAUGCAAUAUGUCACAGCAUGAAAGAAUGAUGGACAUUGACUUACUGUUUUUUGGUGCUAUAUGUUGCUGUUAAUACAAAGCGUUUUAGUGCAUGUUUUUUAAAACCAAUUUGUUUUUAUUCAAAUGCAUCUUUUUUCUGCUUUUAAACUUGAACAAAAGGUAAAGAGCUCUUUUGGUGGUUUUAGAAAUAAGUCUUUGUUUACUUUUUAACCUGCCAUUACGUAUUUCAGUUGUAAUUUUUAAACUUUUGUGCUUUCUUGCCUACAGAAAUAUCAUUAUUACAAUGUUCAGAAGGGUGUUGACGAUGAAUGGAUAAAAGUGUCUGUUUUUAUAUCACAUAUUAACCUAGUCCAACCAGAACCACAAACCAUUUUUCCAUUUUCGCUUUCAGAAUCAACAGGGAUAGAAUCUCAAAAUAUAUUCUUGUAGAUGCUGAACUUUCACGUUUACAAUGUUCUUGGAUAUUUAUUAUGAAUUUGGGAGUGAAUUAAUAUAUUUCCUGUUAAAGAUAUUUAUUUAUGUAUUUAUUUAUUCUCACUAUGUGCUAUCAUGUGUCUACAGAGCAUACUGUUUUUAUGUUCUACACAUCUGUGAUCUCUUUGACAGGUGUGGUAAUCUAGGAACUGAUGCCAACCUCACAGGUGUGGAUAUCUGUAUUACCUACUUGUUUGUUAAAACCCGUGAAGGUCCGGGUUAGAAUUGAUCUUCAGAAACCCAUGCUUGUCGUAAGAGGCGACUAACAGGA